AGUAUCAUUCAGAGUUCACUGUUAGACUCUGCGUGUGUCAAUCUAAGGCACAACAUGGUGUAGACAUUGGCUUUAGUCGGUAAAAUACACGUGAGCUGCCUGAGAAAAAUGAAUAUGAUAUUACUUCUUAGUUAAGUCACCUAAUCCUGGAUUAAUGGAUUAGUGUGAUUAGUUUUGGGAAUUAAAGGACAUGCACUUGAAAGACAAGAGACUUCCUAUAAGUGUGAUAUUUGCAAAGUGUGCAUUCUCUUUCGAUUGUUUGGCUGUUUGUCACUGAGGGGCUCCCACUCUUAAGGUAAUAUAAAGCAUAUUGAUUAUAAAAAGAAGGCAGCAAGUGGUAGAUUUAUCAACUAGAUGUGCAAAGGUCAAGCUUUAUUGCCAAACAUUGCAAUCAGGGGGGACUGGUGUUAGAGUCUGAAGAUUAUAACAUGUCCUGCAGAUCCAUGUGUGAAAGAUCACAGGCCUUAAUUGUUCAGAAAUGGCUAAAAUUCUAAAAAGUUAUGUAAUUUCUAAUGGCCUCCUGGUAGCAGCACUUGGCCACUUGAAGAGACUUUCUCAGACUGUUUGCUCAUACUUGUGAUAAAACUUCAAUAGGAGGGACCUCCUUCGUUGCACUUGUGUGAUGGUUGUGUAUAAUGGAUGAAAUCCAUGUUUUCUGGAGGUGGGACAUUAUAUGCUCUUAACAAAUGGUAGCAGAUCCUGUUUGCUGUGUCUAGUCUGAUGGUACCAAUCACAGAGACAUAGAAAAUCAUCAGAGAUCUUUUAAAAGGCAGCACAGUUAACACAUCAACUGUGCAGAAAUAUGCGUAAAAGAGACCGUGCAAUUAUUGUGCUUCAAGAAGCACAUCAUUAUCCCAUCAAAAGAGUCAGUUUUGCCUUUCACCUUUGCAAUCAGCAGCCUCAAUAUUUUAUGCAAUAGCCAGCACUUCUGGUUUGUUUUAUCACUUUACUGCCUUGAAUAUUAUAUAUAUUUUUAUUACCUCACAACCCCCGUUAAUCAGACUCUGUGUUCAUUAAGAGAAUAAUGAAGUUCUCUCCGCGAUCGUGAACAUGGCAGACAAUGCAGACAUGAAGGACAGCUAUAGAAGUGUAUGUUACCAUUCACUGGAAUCUUCAAAACCCGCGACAAUUACAGACUCCGACAGACAAAAGAAACUUCUGCAAAGAAUAGAGGAAAACUGGGUCAGGAAUCGCAAUGUUCAUAAAAACUGCAGAGAAGCUGUGUUAGGAACUGAUUCAUUACGUUUAGGCCGGGCAGAAUCCAGAGAAAAUGUGUUUUUGUCAACAGAUAAAGCUAGUAGUGGAACAGGCCAGGAAAGAAAGGGAAGAGUAAGAAGUAGGUCAAGAGAACGGACCGUCAAAGAAAGAAGUAGGUCAAGGGAACAGACCAUCAAAGAAAGAAGUAUGUCAAGAGAGCAUAAUGUUGACCUUGACAACAUUGAUAGAAAACCUGAAGCAAGUGAUGAAACAAGAGUAUCUCAAUAUAGGUUAUUGAACAGUGAUGAAAACCACAGUGUAUUGACCAGUGGUGAAAAUCAAAGAUUAUUGACCAAUGGUAAAAAUCAAAGUUCAUUGACCAAUGGUGAAAAUCAAUGUUUAUUGACCAGUGGUGAAAAUCAAAGUUUAUUGACCAAUGGUGAAAAUAAAGGUUCUCUUGAACAGCCACUGUAUGAUAAAACUUCAAAGGUGGAACAGAGAUUGAGACUGAGUAGACGGUCAUCUCGAUCUAGAGAAAGGCCAAGUGCAGACCAGCAAGUAAGACCUAUGUCUGCUCCCGGAGUGGUCAGCAGUGAUUCUGGACCUGCUCCCCGAGUGGUCAGCAGUGAUUCUGGACCUGCUCCCCGUGUGGUCAGAAGUGUGUCUGAGCCAGGUGCAAGUGUUGACACCUGUGAGGCCAUGGUCAGAAGCUUGUCCCAGGGGUCAGAAGAUCACGAGGGGAAUGAGAGGAAGAUGGAGCUGAGGAAUUUACAGGAAGAGCUGAGGAAGUGCACUGACUUUACGGAGCGAAGAAAAAUCAGGGAUAAAAUUCGGAAAUUAAGAGAGAAAAAACAGGAAGUGAACGUGUCUGAGAUGGGAAGGUGUUCUCCCCCGCGGUGUGGGAGAGGGGACGAGUCGUUAGAAGUCUCGGAGAAAAUCAGGAACCUGGACUGUAUUCGGGAUAUCACGGAGCUCAGAAAGCUGCUGAAUGAAACUAAUGAUUAUGAUGAGAAGAAACAAAUUCGAUUGGCCCUUCGACAGCUCAGGCAGCGAGAUAAAGAGAGAGAAAACAGCCGUGAGGCAGGGCAGAUUGACUCUAGGCGUCGAAGUUUAGGAUCACAAACUACCCCAGUGGUACGAGAGAGUGGUGACACUCCCAUCCACAGACCAGAGAGACGAUUAAUUUUUGAGAGAAUCAGUGAGAACAAGGUACAUAACGGAAUUAAUGUGAGUGAGGUGACAGAGACAUCUGGUGACAAAGGAUCUCGGAGACAGAGUGUAACAUUGCCUAUCAGGGGACAUAACUCUCAUAAGAAUCACAUACUAUCCAAUCAAAAUAAAAUUCAGUGCAAAAAGAAAAAGUCGGAAGAGAAUCUUGUGGACCAUAAACCUCCCAUUGUGCCCAUCAGAAGAGAUCCUACCCAUAAUUCUCAGGACUCAAAUCACAUCUCAUCAGUUCUCGACAAUGAUUCGUCAGAAUCUAAAAAUAACACGGAAUCAAAAGUAAAAUUACAGAGGAGUAAUAGCCGGAGCAAUAGUGUGGUGGACACCAUACCCGAAAAUUCACCGUCUGAGUGGCUGGAGAAGAAGAAGCGGUCAAGUUCCCUGCCCACGUCUGACAGGUCCGAGCUCAGCACACUGGACAUGGAGGCUGCGUUUUCGGAACUUCUGAGUGCAGUGGAUGAUGAUGUGGAGGGUGUGUCGGAUACAGAGCAGGAAACAGCCCAAUCAAAGGGGGAUACCAUUGAAGAGGAAGCCUCCCAUGGACCAAUGCUGAAAGUGAAUUGCAAUACCCAGUCUUCGGAGUCUCGUGUCCAGCCUUCUGGGUCAGCGAUCUCCAUUAUAGAAGGUGAUGACGGUUCGGUGACCGUCCAAAGUGUGACGCAGAGUGACCAGGGGGACCGAACUGUUACCCAAAAAACCCUGCUCCGACGCACGGACAGUCGUUCACAAGAGGAGGAAAGGGACACUGUGAUUGAAAGCAAGAUUACCUCCCCUGGAGGGACAGAUAACUAUGUCAAGGACGUCAUAAAAACGCGUAGAAAGCUGACCUCUAGGGGUUCAGAUUACUUCACAAGGUCAGCAUAUAAUAUCCGCAAAAAGACUGACUUUGAAGGUGAGGAGAUUGAGGAAAGAGAUUUUACUGUGGAGAACGAAAACUUCUCUGUUUCCAAGGGAGAAAGUUGGGGUGAUAGGGCAGAGGCCAAAGUUCAACUCACAAGGUCAAAACAGCUGAAAGAUGAGGAAUCAAAGAGACACAUUUUAGAUACUCUCAGAGAAAGGGAAUCGAAUACAGACAUCCGAGAGAGGGCCCUCUCUCCCAGCAAUAAACAGUUGGAGGCAGAUCCAAAACAGAGCGUUCAUAAUCGCAUGGACAUCUCCAAAGCCAGUAGCGGGUACGGGACGGGCUCAGAUGAGGAGGAAAAAGAAGAAAUUGCUCACGUCUUCCACGGCAAACCAGCAGGCUGUCCAGAGAUUAAGUCAGUGAUGCGAGAUGUCUCCGCUUCAGAAGGGAAAUCCGUGACCUUGGAGUGCUGUGCUACGUGUUCUCCACCCCCUUUUGUCACCUGGUUCCUCGGGGACAGGGUCGUUCACGAAGGGGCGGUGUUUGAUCCCGUAUCUGGGAAGGCGUCUUUGACCCUCCACAAUGUGAGGCGAGACCAGAUGGGGGAAUAUAAGUGUGUGUUCAGUAAUACCCUGGGGGAGGCCCAGACCAAGGCCAAGCUCACCGUAGCAAGUAUGAACAUUAGAGCUCCCUGUUUCCUGUCCAAUCUGGUGAAUAUGGUGGCGACAGAGGGCCACGCGGUGGUGUUGGAAUGCCAGGUGGCAGACGCCACUCACAUUGCGUGGUACAAAGACGGGAUCAUACAGAGGAACUCCACAGACUUCAGACAGACGUUCGAUGGAGACAAAGCCAAAUUGGAGAUAGGGGAGAUAUUCUUGGAUGACCAUGGAGAAUAUUCAUGUAUUGCCAAGAAUGAGAAAGGGGAGACGAAAACAUCCUGUCAAAUUAAGGUCAAAGAGAGUGAGGGGGACGGAGAGGUGGCCCCCCAGUUCCUCAGUCGACCGGAGAGCAAUAUCUACAGUUUCGGAGACCUGAUUCUCCUGGAAUGCGAUGUGAUUGGUUCCCCGACUCCCUCCAUCUCAUGGUACCGCGAUGGAACCAAGCUUGCUCCUGGCACCCGCACCAAGUCACUGUAUGAUGGUCGGGUGGCUCUUCUGAAAAUUUCGCAAUCAGCCACCGAGGACAGUGGGAAAUAUGAGGUGGUGGCCCAGAAUUCUUGUGGGAAAGUGGCUGUAGAUUGCCUAGUGGUUGUUAAAGCUAAAGAAGGCCCCCCUGCAAUUCACCAAGCCCUUAGUGACACAGUCGCAACCUGUGGGAAAUCUCUGACUCUUCAAUGUCAGAUAAAGGGCAGCCCAGCUCCCGUGAUUCUGUGGAGAAAAGAUGGACGGCUGAUCGGGAACACAGCUGACUUUAAGCAGACGUACCAGAACAACAUCGCUCUGUUGAAAAUUCAAGAAGUCAUGGAUCAAGAUGGUGGCUGCUACGAAUGUGUUGCCAGGAAUUCCUUCGGAGCUGUUUCCUCUAGCUGUGCUAUUAUGGUGCAGAAAGGGGAGAGGACAGAAAAAGAACCGACUGGUUAUGUCAGUAAGAAAACAGACUGGCUAGUGGGGCGAGGAGGAGCCCAGCCAGAGGAACUGGGUCAGCAGAGGAAGUCUGCAAGUGUUCGUCGCAGUGAGAGCGUGCGGGUGACCUCCACUUCUAACCUUGCAUUAAAGCCUGUUUUUGAACCCAGUGGUGCUAAGUCUCGGGAGAGACCCCCAGCUCGCAAUACUACUAACUUUGUGCAAGAGGAAAGCAAUAAAACCCUCACCAAACAGCAAGAGACCAAGUCACACAAUACUCCAGAUCCCAAGAAAGCAUUGAUUAGGGAUCAUACAGAAGAGAAAUCUGCCAGCAAUGAUAAGGCAACAAAGAAGCCCUUAGAGGACACUGCCAGCAAGGCAUUGACUGAAAAGUCCACUUUGCAAUCUAAAACUAAACCUCAAAACUCCCAUACUCCAGUCAGCCCAUCAACAGAUUCACAGAAAAAGCAGUCAUCUCCAGUCAGUUCAUCAACAGACACACAGAAAAAGCAGACGUCUGUGAAAGAUGUUAGUACUGCAAAAGCAAAUGAUCCACCAUGGAAAAACAUAUCCCUUCGUCGAACAGAAAGCGCUCGUGUGACAAACUAUGGCAGAGAGAAGCCUUUGACAUGGAAGAGAGAGGAAACAGAAAAAACCAAAACGACUGUUCCCACGAUUGUAGUGGAAAAUGUGGAAUCUAAAGCGGAUGGACCUGCUGGGUGGAGGCCCGUGGUGAUGGAGAAUGGCGUGGAGAAAAGAACCGUGAAUCUCCGCCGAAGUGAGAGUGCUAGACACAAUACCAAAACCAAUGUUGAUAUUAUUUCAAAGUUUCUGUCAAAUUCUCAAGACAAGGACAAAAAGGACUUGAACGACAAUAAAAUCAUCUCUGUUGAGACUCCACAAACAGACAGUGCUGUGUCCAAACUGAAGACGGAGGCCACUGGACUCAAUAGAAGUCAAAGCAUGAGGAUGCUGUUUGAAAAGAUGGAGGCCAAGAAGAACUUGCCUCCUGCUCCCACCCCAGUGGUGACGCUUCAGAGAAGGGAACAAGGACUUCGAAGAACCUCCAGUUUAAAGGUCCUACCUGGAGAGAUGGAGUCCUUCAGAGCGGAACACAAGGCAAAAGAAGACUCGUCCAGAUUCGCAAACAAGCGCCCCGACACUUCCGUUACCAUGGCAUCCUAUGACACAAUAGAAGAUGAAGAGGAAUUACAUAAAUUGCUCAGCAAAUCCGAGAACUUUGAAGAAAGGAAAAAGAUCCGAGCUCGAAUGAAGGAGAUUAGAGAAAAGAAACAAAAGGAAUGGGAAGCCAAACGCCUACAGAGAGAAAAAGAAACGGGGGACUUGGUGAAAAAGAAGUUUGAACAAGCUGAGAAAGAAAAGGAGAGGUACCUGAAGAAUUUUGAGCAGACGGCUAAAGAAGCUUCAGCCGAAAGAGAACGAAUUCUACAGAAGGGGGAGGACCUCAUCAAAGACAAGCUGAAGCAGGCGGAUGAAGACAAGAAACGACACUUGGAGACGUUCGACAAGCUAGCCAAACAUGAUGAGAAGAAAGUCACUAUUCAAAAGACCCCAGAUGGCGUAAUUCGGACUACAAUAAUCAAAGAUACAUUAUUAACCCCUGCUGACUCCUCCAAGUGUAAUUCAGAAGAAGCCGCUACGUUUUUGACCAAUCAGCUGAUCAAUACCUUAUCACCGGUUACCAGUGGUAACAUUACCAUCAAAACCGAGUCGUGGAACAGCCGGAACGGCAUCACAAAUACGUCUCAGAAAUCGCAAUCCUGGGGAGCCAAACCCUCGGGAGCACAAGGGGCAAAAGCCAUGUUCCAGAAAAUGGACAAUGCAGCUCCCAAACCAAAUGGUUUAUUAUCUGUGUCGUACGCCAAAAAAGCAGCCACCACAUUGCGGCGAAAUGCUGUCACAAUUAAGCAGGAAAUUCUCCGAUUCUGUCAAAAGAAUACGGCAGAUUAUGAGAAUGUGGAGAUUACCAAUUUCUCCAGCAGCUGGAACAACGGAAUGGCUUUCUGUGCACUAAUUCACCACUUCUAUCCGGAUUCCUUUGACUUUAGUUCCCUAGAUCCCAAAAAGAGGAGAUACAACUUCACCCUGGCCUUUGACACGGCAGAGAAAUGUGCAGACAUUGCCCCACUCUUGGACGUGGAGGACAUGGUCCGCAUGCAGAAGCCAGACUGGAAGUGCGUCUUCACCUAUGUACAAAGUCUCUACCGGAAACUACACACACACGAACGCAACAAAACGGCAGCGGGAGGGGACUGAUCGUAGCGGCAAUAGCUUUACCACCAACUCGUCUAAUAUCAUAAGACUUUGGGGGGAAGAGAGGAUAUUUUUAAUUUCUUUUAUUUUUUACUGUUAGUAGAAAUCCAUAGUUCACGUUCUUUGAUACUUCUGAUGCCAGGUUCAGUUUGUGUUCAGUUUUUGGGACUCUGUGGUUAAGGUCGUCAGGGGGUUGCUGACCUUUUUACAUGGCGCUUAGUCACAGUUCUUAAUUAAUAAAGUCACACGUGCCAAUAUUUUUAUGUUCUUGAGUGACUGUUUCUAUGUUGUACAUUUACUCAUUAAGCUGUAUAGAUUUUAUUUCUAUAUAUUUAAUUUGUAUAUAAUUAAAUACAGUACACCUUUUUCUGCAGCAUUCAAUUAACAUUGAUAUAGCAAUAAAACUAUGAUAUUAUAUUCAAGUAGUAAUUUCGCAGUGAUAUUUCUUGUUGGAAAUCCAAUAUCGAAUGGAUACAAGUGUAUGCAGCAAUAUAUGCAAUUUUUAAAAUAUAUAUAUAUAUUUGUUGUAGAUAAGACGUGCACAUGCGCACAACAUCGAAAAGAGCGAUUCAUUUGUUACCUUAGACAUCUAUACUAAUCUGCCAAAGCUUGUACAUGUGAAAAAAUACUUUAUACAGAUCAUUUAAUGAUAAAAAAUUAAAUAAGUUCAAAAAUCUC